UUGCUCCAGUCUCAUACGCUGAACUUCACUGGCGAAAAGUGGCAGUGUACAGUACUCAAUUUGCAUAUUGGGCGCCCUCCUACUAGCUUUAUAUCGGUUUGUCUUUCAAGUCGGAUACCCGGUUAGAAUAACAUUUGGACUUAUACCGUGUAUAUUUUGGAUAGCAUCAAUCAGACUUGGCAACUAAUUUAACUGAAUGAUACAACUUAGCUAACGUUACGCGACUCAGAAUCAGGCUUCAGCUACAUCAAUCAACACCGGGGGUCUGCGGAUUUGCAGCAGCUUUUUGUCUGGCAACAAACCCACGACUGUACGGAUGCUAGCUAUCUUCACAGUAAUAUAAUCUGCAUAAUGCAUAUAUUUGUUUAGUUUACUUCGAACCGUAUUCACCGCGGCCACUGGGUAAACCACCUGCGCACACAAACCUCAUCGGUAAUGAGCCACGGUCUGAAUCAACCACACUGGACCAUCAAGUGCUUUGGAUACGUUGGUCAACUGUGAGAACAAGUUGACGUUUACCUAUAACCAACUGUGUAACAAAACGUGAUCCAGCCCGACGGACCUGGCAGGAAAACUCUGUUUCAUUCAUACCCAACUACCUGCUGAACAUGGCAACCAUGGAAUCGAGUGACAGCAACUCAACAGCUGAACUCAUGAGUCGAUAUGUGUCUUCAGAACCGGGUUACGGGGUACCAAAGGAUGGUUGGCGAAUCUGCUUAGCGCAUGAAUUUAAGGAGAAGAGGAAGCCGUUCCAAGCCAAAGAUGUGUCCUUCUCCAAUUUCGUUGAACACAUCGGCCUUGGAAUCAGGUACCUCAAGUGGUGGUAUAACAAGACCCAAGUGGAGAAGAAGGCUCCGUUCAUUGAUAUGUUCCGCGCCCAACCCCUGAGACAGAUCUAUGGGGCUCCUCUCGGGGGUAUUGGAGGGGGUACCAUCACACGAGGCUGGCGGGGGGAGUUCUGCAGGUGGCAACUCAACCCUGGGAUGUACCACUACAAAACAGUAAUUGCUAACCAGUUCACGGUGUGCCUCCGUCGAGGUGGCCAGACAGUGUACCAGCAGGUGUUGUCGUUGGAGCGACCACCCACACUGCAGGGCUGGAACUGGGGCUACUGCGGCGAGUACGCCUUCUACCACGCCCUGUACCCCCGGGCCUGGACCGUCUACCACCUCCCAGGGCAGAACGUCACCCUCACCUGUAGACAGGUGUCCCCUGUCAUCCCCCACGAUUACCAGGACUCCAGUCUCCCAGUGGCGGUGUUCGUGUGGGACAUAGAGAACAAGAACGACUACCCGCUGGACGUGUCCAUCAUGUUCACCUUGGUCAAUGGGUCAGGCCACAAGGACGACAAGAGCGGGGGACACUGGAACGAACCAUUCCACCUGGAGAAGGAUGGGGAGUCAGUGUCAGGGGUGUUGCUUCAUCACUGCACCAGUGUGAACCCUUACACCCUGUGCAUGGCAGCGCGAGAACAGUCUGACAGGGAAAUCAGCCACCAGACUGCCUUCAGUCCAAAGGGAACCUGUGGGGCCUUGUGGAGUGACCUCAUCACUGAUGGUCGGCUGGACUCCCCUACUGGCUCCAGUCCUCCAACCCAAAAAGGGGAGAAGGUGGCAGCAGCCCUGGCAGCGGGAUGUUCAGUGCCCGCUGAGGGCCACAGUGCCCUGGAGUUCAGUAUGGCAUGGGACAUGCCCACCGUGACCUUUGGCUCCAGGGAGAGAAAACACGUCAGGAGGUACACUCGUUUCUUUGGUGCAAAGGCGGACGCUGCUCCUACUCUAAGCCACUACGCGCUGACACACUACAGACAGUGGGAGAGGCGUAUCGAAGAAUGGCAGGCACCCAUCCUGCAGGACAGCUCCCUCCCAUCCUGGUAUAAGUCAGCUCUAUUCAAUGAGCUAUAUUUUGUAGCGGAUGGGGGGACCGUGUGGACUGAGCUGCCAGAGGACAGUGACAUCAGCAGGGGGCUUAGGAGCGAGGAUGGUGGGCUACCAGCUCAGCCUGCUGUCAUCAAGGAAUAUGGACGUUUUGCCUACUUAGAAGGCCAGGAGUAUAGGAUGUAUAACACAUACGACGUGCACUUCUAUGCUUCCUUUGCACUUAUUAUGCUAUGGCCCAAACUUGCCCUAAGCCUGCAAUAUGACAUUGCUGGCAGUGUGGUGUCAUGUGACCCAACAGAAAGGCUUCAUCUGAUGAGUGGCAGAUACUCUCCUGUGAAGACGAAGAAUGUAGUUCCUCAUGACAUCGGAGACCCAGAUGACGAGCCAUGGGAUCACGUCAACGCCUAUCUGAUACACGACACCGCGGACUGGAAGGACCUAAACCUGAAGUUUGUCCUGCAGGUCUACAGAGACUAUCACCUGACCCAGGACACGCAGUACCUUCAGGACAUGUGGCCCAUCUGCCAGGCUGUGAUGGAGUCUGAGAUGAAGUUUGAUACAGACGGAGAUGGUCUAAUUGAAAAUUCUGGCUAUGCUGACCAGACAUACGACGGAUGGACUGUAACAGGACCCAGUGCGUACUGUGGAGGUCUGUGGCUGGCCUCUGUGUGUGUUAUGUGUAAAAUUGCCAGGCUGGUGGACAAUCAGGCUGCCUUCCAGCGCUACAGAGACAUACUGGAUAGGGGAAGUGCUGCUUUUGACAAACUGCUAUGGAACGGCAAGUACUAUAACUAUGACAGCAGCGGAAGGGAACUGUCAAACAGUGUGAUGUCAGACCAAUGUGCUGGUCAGUGGUUCCUACGGGCAUCUGGACUGGGAAAUGGCGAGUUUCAGGCCUUUCCUAAGGAGAAGAUCUGCAGGGCACUAAAGUCUGUCUUUGACCUGAACGUGAUGAGUUUCGCUGGGGGUCAGAUGGGUGCUGUCAAUGGUAUGAGGCCAGAGGGAGUGCCUGACCGCUCCAGUGUCCAGUCAGAUGAGGUGUGGAUUGGGGUGGUGUACGGACUGGCCGCUACAAUGAUCCACGAGGGUAUGUUUGAGGAAGGUCUUCGUACAGCGGAGGGUUGCUACCGGACAGUGUGGGAGCGUUUGGGCAUGUCCUUCCAGACACCCGAGGCUUACUGUGAGAAGGGCAUCUACCGUUCCUUGGCUUACAUGAGGCCUCUCAGCAUCUGGGCCAUGCAGCUGGCCCUGGACUCCUCACCACUACGGGAGCAGGUUCCCCACACCCCCAACAAACCAUCUACUGGCUAGAGGGAGAAGGAACAUCAGGACCAGAAUCGGGACCAUGUUCAGUGGACAAAUCCAAUCAAAAAUUGCAGAUAGAGCUGUUAUAAAUAGACCCGAUAAGUAUUGCUUUUACAGCAUGUCAGAGAGCGGUGUGUUUAUUCUGCGUACCAUUUGCACUCGUCAGCAGUGUGCGCUUCUGAACACGCCCCUGGAACCAGACUACUGUAUUGUGAGGAGAGACAGAAAAAUGUGCUUGUUCCAGAAAACAAAGGAAUUCUCAGAGAACCAUAUUUCUCAAUGUUCUAAAGAGUCACUAAGUUCCAGAAUCAAAUGAGACCCUUGGAAGUCUGUGAUUUCAUUCUACUUGGAGUUUACAACGCAACAACAUCACGUUCCAAUGGUGGUCUCACACACAUACACAAGCUAGCACACUACCAAUAUUUAAACAGGCCCUAUAGACAUGUUUCCACACACAAUAAAUAGUCAAGCAUUGAUGUGCAGAACAACACAACUUCAUCUCAAGUGUGAGAAUGACAACCUGUCUGUCAUUGUAGAAUCUAUAAUCAAAUUGCAUAGUCUUUCAAUGAGAAGGUGUUUAUUUUAGACCUUCUGGCAGAGUCCAGAUGUCUAAAAAGAAUUGAAUAAAAGAAUUGUGUUUUGAAGAUCUUAUGUAAACCUUCUGUAUAAAGUGAUAUAAUAUGAAAUGUUGGGGGGGAAAUAAAUAGUUUGAUAAACGGUA